AUGUCUGAAGCUAAAAAUCAAUUCAAUAGUUUAAUUAACGGAGCUCUUAACUUUGCUGAAGAUUCAAAAAGAUUUUUAAAUAGAUGUUCAAAGCCUAACGCUAAAGAAUUAAAGAAAACUGCUAUGUCUUGUGCCUUAGGAUUUGUAGUUAUGGGAUUAGUUGGAUAUUUAAUUAAACUAGUAUUCAUACCAAUAAAUAAUAUUAUUCUUUCUUAAUGAUCAAAAAAGCAAAAACCAACAAAAAAUAAGAAAAUUUAAGGAUAUGUUAUAUAUGUUUAUUUAAUUUACAUAUUUUUGUAAUU